GAAGCAGCAGAUUCAGUGCCAGAGCCGGGACCCCUGAUUCAGCCAAAUUGCAAAAACCCGCGGGUUGCGGCGCUUAUGGCGGGGGAUGAGUGCAUCUCGAUCCGAGCGCGGGCCGCAGCUUUUUGCGUGCUGCGGCAGCGAAUAUUUGUCAGCAGCCUUUCUGGACUUUGGCUCAGGCCGUCAGAACCAUUGCACUAACUGGCCUCGGCACCACGGCAUUCCGGCCACUGUAGAUUCGUGCCCUUAUGGACAAGGUCACCAACGUGCGUAACAUGUCCGUUAUCGCUCACGCCGGUAUUAUCUCGUCGGCCAAGGCUGGUGAGACCCGUUUCACCGAUACCCGCCAGGACGAGCAGGACCGUUGCAUUACCAUCAAGUCGACUGCUAUCUCGAUGUACUUCGAGCUCGACGACGAGCACAUGGCCGACGUCAAGCAGAAGACCGACGGUAACGGUUUCCUGAUCAACCUUAUCGAUUCGCCGGGGCACGUUGAUUUCUCGUCUGAGGUCACUGCUGCUCUCCGUGUCACCGACGGUGCUCUCGUUGUCGUCGAUACCGUCUCGGGUGUGUCCGUCCAGACCGAGACUGUGCUGCGCCAGGCUCUGACUGAGAAGAUCAAGCCCGUCGUUAUCAUCAACAAGGUCGAUCGCGCCCUGCUCGAGCUCCAGCUCCCCCAGGAGGACCUGUACCAGACCUUCCAGCGUGUCGUCGAGAACGUCAACGUCUCGAUCGCCACCUACCAGAUCCCCGACAUGGGUGACCUCAUGGUCUACCCCGACCGCGGUACCGUUGCCUUCGGCUCGGGUCUCCACGGCUGGGCCUUCAACCUGAUGCAGUUCGCCAUGCGCUACUCGAAGAAGUUCGGUGUUGAGAAGAACAAGCUCAUGAGCAAGCUCUGGGGCGAGAACUACUUCAACCCGAAGACCAAGAAGUGGUCGCACAAGACCUCGGACAAGUCGGGCAAGAACCUUGACCGUGCCUUCAACAUGUUCGUCCUGGACCCCAUCUACCGCCUGUUCGACGCCAUCAUGAACGUCCGCAAGGAGGAGACCGCCAAGAUGAUCGAGAAGCUCGAGAUCCCCCUCAAGGCCGACGAGAAGGCUCUGGAGGGCAAGCCCCUGCUCAAGGUUGUCAUGCGCAAGUUCCUGCCCGCCGCCGACGCGCUCAUGGACAUGAUCUGUAUCCACCUGCCGUCGCCUGUGACUGCCCAGGCCUACCGUGUCAACGGUCUGUACGAGGGUCCUGAGGACGACGAGUGCGCUAUCGGUAUCAAGAACUGCGACCCGAACGCCCCGCUCAUGCUGUACGUCUCGAAGAUGGUGCCCACCUCCGACAAGGGCCGCUUCUACGCCUUCGGCCGUGUGUUCUCGGGAACCGUCCGCUCGGGCAUGAAGGUCCGCAUCCAGGGCCCCAACUACGAGCCUGGCAAGAAGGACGAUCUGUUCAUCAAGAACAUCCAGCGCACCAUUCUCAUGAUGGGUCGCUACAUCGAGCCCAUUGAGGACUGCCCUGCCGGUAACAUUCUGGGUCUCGUCGGUGUCGACCAGUACCUGCUCAAGUCGGGUACCCUGACCACCUCGGAGACUGCCCACAACAUGAAGGUCAUGAAGUUCUCGGUGUCGCCUGUCGUGCAGGUUGCCGUCGAGGUCAAGAACGCCAACGAUCUGCCCAAGCUCGUUGAGGGUCUCAAGCGUCUGUCCAAGUCUGACCCUUGCUCUGGUGAGCACAUUGAUCUCGAGGAGGACCACGCCCAGGUCCCCAUCAAGACCGGUGACCCGGUGGUCGGCUACCGUGAGACCGUCCAGAGCGAGUCGUCGAUCACUGCUCUGUCCAAGUCGCCCAACAAGCACAACCGUAUCUUCAUGCGCGCCGUGCCCAUGGACGAGGAGCUGUCGCGCCUGAUUGAGGACGGCAAGAUCGGCCCCCGCGAUGAUGCCAAGGAGCGUGCCCGCACCCUGGCUGACCAGUUCGAGUGGGAUGUCACUGACGCCCGCAAGAUCUGGUGCUUCGGUCCCGACACCAACGGCCCCAACACCAUGGUCGACGCCACCAAGGGAGUCCAGUACCUCAACGAGAUCAAGGACUCGUGCGUUGCUGCCUUCCAGUGGGCCGCCAAGGAGGGUCCUUGCGCCGAGGAGCCCAUGCGUGGCUGCCGCUUCAACAUCAUGGAUGUCGCCCUUCACGCCGAUACCAUCCACCGUGGUGGAGGCCAGAUCAUCCCCACUGCCCGCCGUGUCGUCUACGCCUCGGCCCUCGUUGCCCAGCCGGGUCUCCAGGAGCCCAUCUACCUGGUCGAGAUCCAGUGCCCCGAGAACGCUAUGGGCGGUAUCUACGGUGUGCUCAACCGCCGCCGUGGUCACGUCUUCGAGGAGGUCCAGCGCCCGGGUACUCCGCUGUACAACAUCAAGGCCUACCUGCCUGUCUCGGAGUCGUUCGGCUUCACCGCUGACCUGCGCUCCAACACUGGUGGCCAGGCCUUCCCCCAGUCGGUGUUCGAUCACUGGCAGCUGAUGAACGGUGUGUGCAACGAGCCUGGUAAGGUCAACGAGGUCACCACCGCCAUCCGUAAGCGCAAGGGUCUCGCUCCCGAGGUUCCCGCCCUCGACCGCUACCUUGACAAGAUGUAAAGCGGCGUUAUCGUCUUAUUUAUUUCUUUUCAACGUUCAAAAUAUAUACCCACGAGGGGCCAGUUUAUAAAAUGUCGGGUGUAGACAUGCAUCAGUGACACGGGCAGCCACGACGUGCUUUGGGAGUGUCGAAAGAAAGGGUCCAGUGUUGGGUGUACCCACGGCACUGCCUCAGCAUACAUGGAGCGAUGUGCAAGUAUGGAUUGGGACGCUGCUGAGGUAAGGCAGCUGGCGUAUGAACAAGGCCCGCGGGACUCAAGGCGCGCACAUCUCAGACUGCGCACACAAGCGGCUCGGUUGUUUCCGCGUUACUGCACAGCCCAAGGCUGCUGGCGUUCUGGAAAGCAAGCUGUUUGUCAUACAAGCAAUAGUAGGCAAGAGGAGGGGAGCGUAAUAGUGACAAGUUGAAC